CAUCAGUUCGAGUUUGUUUUGCAACGUGAAAUGUUUCUUUCUAUUUCGGUGCUGUUGGCAGCAGCGGGAAUAAUUAGUGGUUUCGAAGGCGAUCCUCCUCCGGGGACGUAUUACGCAAGCUACCGUCUACCGAACGAAACAGUUCCGAACCAUUACAACCUACAGUGGAGAACGGAAGGCCACACAGGCAACGGCAGCUAUGAAGGAUCAGUACAUAUUUAUUUCGAUGUUCUACAAGCAACCAACCGAAUCGUUCUCCAUUCUAGUAACCAAACGAUACAAAGUGUUCGUUUAUAUCGAUCCGUUGAUGGGACAAUUAGUGACGAGCUCCAGAAACCAUCAAUCGUAGUACUGCCUGACAAUGAAAAGUUAGUUUUCGAAGCAGUUGACAUCCUGCAAAGCGGCAACUAUAUGAUGGUGAUCCAUUUCAACGGAACUGCACGGGAAGAUGAAAAUGGCAUUUUCUUGAGACGUUACAAUGACAGCAACAACAUCCACCAAUACUAUAUUGCAGCCCAUUUCGAACCGAUCUAUGCCCGAAGAGCAUUUCCUUGCUUUGAUGAACCAUCUCUGAAAGCCACCUUCAACAUCUCUAUCGUUCAUCAUAAAUCACAGAUCGCAGUCUCCAAUAUGCCUUUGACUGAGCAACUGCCAUACAACAAGGAUUAUGUUGUAUCACACUUUCAACAAAGCCCCAGAAUGUCAACGUAUCUUCUGGCGUUUGUCGUUUCAGGUUUUACCCGCAAAGCUGCCGGAAUCCAAUCCGUUAUGACUCGCACGGAGGUGAUAGAAAACACUAGCUAUUCUAUGCAAGCCGCGGAACGCAUGCUCAAAGUACUGGAAGAAUACACUGCCUUUCCAUACACCCGGAUGAUGCCUCAACUGACGCAUCUUAUCAUGCCAAUAUCAACCUAUUGGCAAGCAACAGAAAACUGGGGAUUGAUUUUUUACCAGGAAAAGUACUUUCUGUUUGAUCCAUCGGCACAAGGCAACCGCCAGCUUCGUUUCGAAAUAUUGAAAAUAAUCUCUCACGAGCUAACGCACCAGUGGUUCGGUAAUCUGGUUACUCCAGCCUGGUGGAAUUAUGUUUGGCUUAAGGAAGGAUUUGCCACAAUGUACGAAUUGUACAUCCUGCAGGCAGUUUACCCCACGGAGCCGUUCAUGGUUUUAUUUAACGGGAAAGUUAUGCAGUACGCAUUGCAAGAUUCCACCGAUAGACCACCGAUUGCUCGAAAUUGCACUAGCAGCGCCGAAAUCGAACAAAUCGAUGUAAUAUCAACCUAUCAAAAACCAGCCAGCAUACUGAAUAUGUUCCGCCUGGUGGUGGGAGAUGACAGAUGGCGGUUGGCUGUGCGGAAUUUCUUGAAGCACCGAGCAUUCGACUCCGUGACGCCGGAGGAUUUCUACGCCGAGCUUGAGCUGGCUGUUGGAGGUGAUCGUCCGUUUCCCGCAGGACACACGGUGAAGCAAGUCUUCGAUUCCUGGAUACAGCGGCCAGGAACGCCGAUAUUGAACGUUCGAAGGCUGUAUUCUAACGAUAAAGUGAUUAUUUCUCAGCAACGAAUAGAGCCCUGUGUCGACGAACACAGCCAGUGGAUAAUUCCUUACGAUUAUGCAUACAAGACAGAGCAUUUUCACGAACACGGACCCAUGCACUGGUUGACGACUCAGGCAGAGAUGAUAAGAGUGGCGGCUUCCGAAGCUGAGUGGAUUGUGUUCAAUAAGCAGCAGUUUGGAGUCUAUCGUGUGAAUUACGACGACCGAAAUUGGCAGAUGAUCAUCGACGCGCUCCGGAAAGACGUGUCCAGCAUACAUCGACUGAACCGAGUGCAGCUGCUGAAUGAUGCAUUCUAUUUGUUUUUGGUGAACAAAGUGGAUGUUACAACUUUGCUGGGUUUGAUGACCUGUCUUCGGGACGAGUGGGAAAACGUGGUGUGGCAGAGUGCUGUUGAAGUGCUUAACUAUUUCUGUACGGAACUUCUUACCUCCGAACACGGCAUACAGGUCAAGGCCUUUUUCAGGCACCUCAUCGAACCUUUUUACAAGAGUAUUCUGGCAGCCGAUAACAAUCUUAUAUCCGAUGUUUUUUCGCUUCGCAAAUCAAUCACCGAGUUGUCCUGCUUCCUAGGAAACGAAAAAUGUCGACUCCAAGCGAAAGAAGCACUGAAACAAGCUGCUCAAACUAACAUUCCGGUGCCAGCGGCGGAUUAUAAGACAGUUUAUUGCUUCGGGCAGCAAAACUCCAGCGAUUUUGAAUUCAAUUGGCUGAUAAGACAAUUUCGGGACGCCGUCGGUGGUAAAGCACGAAACGAACUGCUAUCGGUCAUUGCCUGUUCGGAUAGAGCCGAUCAUCUGUUGAAGCUUAUUGUUGAGGCACAUAACGUCAGCCUGGAUGACGACGAUGAAUGGUGGAAGUUGUUCGAAAGCUUCGUUACCGGAAUGGAGGACGGAUUUGCGUGCAAACAUUUCGCUACCGUUAUGAAGAUGUUAGGGAACGGACCAAUAGCGAAGCGUUUACUAUCAGGUGAACAGUUUAGAGCGGCAAUCUUGUGUAUGGCGGAUGAAGCAACUACGGCAACAGAACAGGAGCGGCUGGUAGGACUAGUGAAAACAUUCGAGCUGCCGGCUGUUACGGAGGAUCGGUUUCGAAAGUACUUCAAAAGUUUGUCGGAUAAAUUCAAGACUGCCAAGUAUUUGGUGAUGUUCGAGUUUAUCGAUGAUUAUAUGCGAAAAUUGAAUGAUGUUUUGUAAUUUUUUGUGUAUAGUAAAUAUUAUAAAUUAUUAAUAUAGUUCACUCUCCCAUUGCAUUGUUCGAAUAAUUCAGAAGAGACGUGAAAGUACCCCGUGCAAUAUACUUCUUUCAACGGAAACAUUGCAAUAUAAAAUAUUAGCAUUAGAACUCUAAAUAAGUUUCUGACAAAGUUUAAAUUAAACGUUCAGAAUAAAGUAACCGACAAAGCUCCACGUUUUUCGCUUUUAAAUGAGAAAAAAAAAUGAUCAAAAUUUAGAAAAUCUGAAAUCAACAAUAGAAACUAUAGAAAUUACAGGGACACAAAAUUCUUUAUUUACAACCAUACAUUACGCGUUCAGUUAGUAUGGCUAGUUAUGUUAUGGGGUCAACAUUUUGCUCACAAAAAAUAGCUUACACUCUCUGUCAAGAAAUAUAAACAUCAAAAAGUAAAUCCAGUGCCUACCUGUAGUGAGAAGGAAGCUUUCGGCGUUGAAGGUACUGCGUUGACGGUCGAUUUCCGCUGCAAAUACAGGAUACCGGCAAGGAAAAGGCGAAUCGUGUGUUAGAAAGUUAGCGAUGUUUUUAGAGAAAUUAAAAUGUUAGUCUUGAGCGCGGAACAC